CGGAGCGGAUCUGAGGCGGGGCGAACCGGAGCGACGACGGCAAAACUUUUUCCUCCGUCCUAAACAUAGUCGCCAACAUGCCUUAAGCGUGACAGCACAACUGGUUUAUCUGGGUACUGGAGGAAAACAAUGAAACUGUAAACUUUUGGACACCCGGAGUGGAAAUACGCACGACGAGGAGGCGAAAAGUGGACCGAAAAAUGACGGGACUGAAGUGGAACCGAGGAGACGCGUAACGGCAGGAGAACCCCAUGGCUCGCCGUUCUCAGUGUUCCUCUGCCGGGGAAAACCCCCUGGACCCAAACUACCUCCCUCCUCACUACCGGGAAGAGUACCGCUUGGCCAUCGAUGCCCUGGUGGAGGAGGACCUGGAGGGAUAUUAUAAGUUUCUUCAAAUAGCAGAUGUGGUGGACUUCCUGUCCACGCCGGAGAUCGAGUACAUCCACAGAUCCAUCCAGCUCCCCAAGCAGAGCGCUCACCCUGAGCAUCACUACCUGGACACCGGAGGAGGGGAUGGAUCCUCUGACACCUACUGGCCUCUUCAUUCAGAUGUGGACGCUCCGGGGCUGGACCUGGGCUGGCCUCAGGUGCACCACUUCAUCGGACCCACGGAGGUCACCUCCCUGGUCAACCCCCCCGCCCCCGACAUGCCCAGCAUCAAGGAGCAGGCCCGAAGACUUAUCAAGAACGCCCAGAUGGUGGUUGCCAUAGUGAUGGACAUGUUUACGGAUGUUGACAUAUUUGCGGAUAUUCUCAACGCCGCCAUGAGAAACGUUGCCGUCUACAUCCUUUUGGACGAGCAGAACGUGCAGUACUUUGUCAACAUGGUCAACAACUGCAGAGUCAACCUGCAGAGCGUCCAGAGUCUUCGUGUGAGGACGGUGUCGGGCAUCACGUAUCACUGCCGCUCAGGGAAAUCCUUCAAAGGUCAGAUGUUGGACCGGUUCUUGUUGACGGACUGCAGGGCGGUGCUGAGCGGAAACUACAGCUUUAUGUGGUCCUUCGAGAAGGUCCACCGCUGCAUGGCUCACCUUUUCUUCGGACAGUUGGUGUCAACGUUUGAUGAAGAGUUCCGGAUCCUUUUCGCUCAGUCUCAGCCGCUCAUCAUUGAAAACAUGGAGGAUUUAAGCCAUUUACAAAAAAGGCAGUACCCGACAGAAAGGCCCUCCCUCUACAGAGACUACAGUAAAUUUCGGUCACUGGACAUUCCUCAAUCUGAAGACUGGCCGAGACACUCGUAUGAGGAACAUUCGGAAGUCGACUGGAGGAUGGCGCCCCUCAAAAGACACGAAUCUCUGCACGGACCGGGUGAUAUGUACGGCCGGUUUCCCUCCCAACAGGCCAGAAUGGAUCCAUCCUUUGAUCAGGGCCCCUCCAGGAUACCCCUGAUGGACAAUCCAGCCUAUAAGCGACACAGUUAUGCAGAAGGUGGACCCGGCAGAUACCCCUACGCCUUCCCACCACAACAGGGGUUACCAGACAUCGAGGCCCAGGGGAGGCUUUUCCACAGGGGGCAGCAGCCGCAUCCAGGACCAGGGCUAGGACCAGGACCUGGACCAGGACCAGGACUGGAGGGAGAUUACAGUGGCUAUGACAAGUUCUGGAACCCAGAAUAUCUUGCAGGAGAGCAGUAUCCUGAACCCGGUUUACCACAGGACAUGGAACCGCCUGAUAACUUUGACCCUGUGCUUAACUAUUUAUCAUCCACCAGAAAUUUAGACAUAGACCAAGGCUCUGAGAAAUUACUACCUGUUCCAGAUUUUGGUUCAUCUCAACCUAGAAGACUGAGUGCAGGUCAUCCAUAUGUAUGUCAAACCUCACCCACACCUUCAAAUCCAACUGAUCAGAAGCAGUUUUAUCAGGAGCCCAACAUGGAGCGCAAGGAUCCUAUGGUGAAACGGGGGUUAAGAAACUGGAGGAUAAGCUCAUACCUCAGUGCGUUUGAUAAUCCAGAGGAUGAAGGCUUGCCAAAUGCGCCGCCUCAGGCCUCAGACCCAUUUGAAGAGACUUCAAACCCCAUUCAGCCAACAGUACAACCAGAGUUACCGAUGACUAAAAUCCCCAACGUCAGGGAGUUUAAGGUGCCAGCAUUACCCAGGCCAAGUCAAAUCCCAUCUUAUGUCAAAAUGCAGGUACCCGUGAAGAAGAUGCUUGAUGAAAGUGCGCCAGUUGUAGCUGAAACUAAAACAACCCCAUCACCAUCAGAAUCAUCCUCAACGACGACUGACGGGGACAAGGUAGAGGAGAUGGAACAGAAGGAACCAAAAACUUCUGUUCUCAGACGGGAGGAGUCAUUCCGUCGGAAAUACAACGCAGCGGUUCAGAGGAGCUCCAGGUUAAGAUCCUCCCUGAUAUUCAGCUCUCUGGACCAGCAGUCUUCUCAAGAUACCAAAGCGGAGGACGAGGAUGGUAACAAAAACGAGACCGAGCAGACAAAGCUACCUUUCGCCACUCAGGUUUUCAGCCAAAGGAGAUCUGCAGCGAGGGAGCCUUUUGAGUGGAGCCGCUACAUAAAAUCAGCCACAAUUGACAACUCGGAAACAUCCAAAGGAGAAGACAAAAAUUCCAAAACGGACAGAACGGAUACAGAUUCAACACAGGACAAAGAACCAGAUGAGCUUCCUGAAAACCAAGCUGCACAAGAGCCACAAAAACCAGUAGAUAUAGAAGGUUCUUCACCGUUGCUGCCUCGACCACAGCCUACAGGAGCUGAACUACCAAAAAUUUUACAACUAUUCCAACCAUCCAAAUCGCUGCUCAGCCAUCCGAUACAAUUAGAUAUGAAUGAUCCCGAUCAGAGGCUGCUGUUUUUCAAAGAGUUGGCUGCAAAACGUAGAGCUACCGAGGCUGAAAAGAAAACAGAAAUGGCUCCAACAAAACCAGUAACUGAUGUAAAAACAAUCACUGCUGUUGAAAAAGAGGAGCCUGCAUCAGAGGAAGCUUCACCAAAGGAAGUAGCUGAAAAACCAAACGCAUCGUCUGAAGAAACAGUAGGAGAAAAAGCCACUAUUACAGAAGAUUCCAGGAAAAUAGAAUCUACAGAGACAUCCGAUAGGAGUAAAAACAAAGACAGUCUUGUAGAAAAAGAUCCAAAGUCUCUCCAAAGCUGUGAAAAGGAAACUGUUUCAACUGAUUCAGAGAAGAUGGAGCUGAAGAAAAGCCAAUCAGCAGCUGUUUCUCCAGAAAUAAAACCGCCACAAGAACCCAAUCUGUCAGACUCUGCUGUAAUAGAAAGUAGCGCCAGUCCUUCACCUACGACAACGCCUGCUGCUGAUGUUGCUGUUGAUGGUGAAAGUGAAACUCCAAACCUUGAUUCUACCUCAGAGGAUCCCAAGUUGCCCCAUGUAGAAGUCAGUGUGUCCUCCCCUGUAGCAACAUCUGGUUCUAGCUCAGUUCCUCAAAACACUGAAUCUGGAUUUAGCUUUUCUCAGGUGCAAAGUUCCACCUCUGAUUAUGUCCUGCCACACACUGGUUCACAGGAAAGUCCGAGUUCUUCUCCUGGCUCUGUCUCCGUUCCAUUAGAACCUAUAUCCACUGAGGAGACCUGCAUAACACCUCCAACAUCUGAAAAAACAGAGCAAUCAGUGAUCCAUACUGUGGAUGAAAGUGUCCAAAAAUCCACCUCAUUAACAAAGGAGUCAACCCAAGAACUCACUGAAGCUUCUGAAGAUUCUGUUCCUCAGUCGACUUCUUCUGAGACUCCACUAGAAGCUGAUACAGAACCAAAUACAUCUUCCCAGCCGUCCACCAUAAGCUCUGAUGAACCACGUACCCUUACCCUAGGUUCAGACAAAGAUUCUCCUGGAUCAGAAACCAGCUCUGUCACAAAGGAAGCUGAAGUUUCUACCAACAUCAUGCUCACGUCACCAGAGGACAUCAAACCUGAUAGAGCUCCAACCCCUCCAUUUUCAUCUGAGGUGUCAGAUCUGGAUGGUUCUACAUGCAAAUCAGCUCAGUCUCCACCUGAGCAUUUGCCACAUGACGCUGAACAGAGCAUAGAGGAGGUUGUAAGAAGACCACCACGUGAACUAGAAAUCACUGAGGAACCUGAAUUUGAAAAAGCCUCCCAUGAAAGUCCAACCACACCUUCUGAAGGUAGAUUAGAGAAUGGUGCCACUGUUGUAGAAACGCCUGAGUGUUUGCUAACAGGAACCAGCUCUCCUGUUACUUCAGAUGAAAAAUCAGACAGUGAAACAAGAACUUUCACCGAGGACAUCCUACCAGGAGCAGCAUCAGGUUCUCCUCUGUCUGAGUCAGUCAUGGCGCCCGAGGCUGAGAAGACAGAAACUGACAUGUCUGCGUCUGUCAACCUUUCAGAAACAGACUCAACAGAUGCAAAUAAAGAGUCGUCUUUGACUCUAAAGGAGCCUACGUCUACAGCUCCAUCAGAGCCUAGUGUUCCAGAGGAAACACCUGAACCUGCUCCACGUGAAAGUACCACCACCGAACCAUCUGUACCUGCAGAGAACGGCAAAAUGGACGAUCAGAGCGAGGACAGCAAAGACCUCGAGGACACAGAGGCCUUAACCGACCCCUCAAAUGACCAAGAAAAGCAAAACAGCUCCUCCGAACCAUCCCAAACCAAAUCAGAUGACUCGGUUCCUCCCCCGUCGUCGCAGUCCAAGCAGCAGAAACCGGCCCAGUCCCGGUACCACUCCUCCACCGCCAACGUCCUGUCGAGCAGCAACCUCCGAGACGACACCAAGAUCCUUUUAGAGCAGAUCUCCGCCAACAGCCAGAGCAGGAACGAGUCGGCCACCAAAGAGGCGCCGGUCACCGACGACGAGAAGGAAGACGAAGCUGACAAAAACGCCAAAAGACAGAAAGGAAGCGGGUUCAGGUCGCAGAGCGGGGGUCAGCCCAAGUCCAGCCAGGAGCGCGAUAAGCUGCUGGAGAGGAUUCAGAGCAUGAGGAAGGACAGGAAGGUUUACAGUCGCUUUGAGGUGUGAACAUUUGACAGACGGACGCCUCGAAAAGAGAAAGGAUAGACAGAGUGGAUGGAGAAUGUGUAGAUGGAAAGUGACCGAUUGGACCAAAAAGACAUAAAGGAUGAAACGAACAUCCACCAACAAUGGACUUACUGUUAUAGUGUGAAAACAUAGACUGAGGUUAUGUAUGUGCACAAAUAGUUUUUUACUGACUGUGUGGGUAGAGUGCAAUGUAUGCGACAAUCUGGUUCUUGAAUGUGUCUGUGAUUUAUUGACAGCAGUGACAGACACCAUCCACCCAAUCACCAGAGGAAAAUGCUGCCAUUGUACGUUUCUGCAAACAGCCGAUGUGAUUUCAGAGCCAAUAAUACAUGUGCAGACAAGUGUGUAUCAGCGUAUUUUAACCUCCUGUAGUGUUUUGGUGUGUUUAUAGGAAAUAGAUUAAGAUUAUAAUAUAGUUUUUAUACUUAGGUUUAGAUUAGAUUAGAUUAGAUUAGAUUAGAUUAGAUUAGAUUAGAUUAGACUUUAUUGAUCCCACGAUGGGGAAAUUCAGCAGUCAAGGCACCAACGGAAAAAAGUGCAAGAAAAACGUGCAAGCAUAAAGAUGGUGCAAAAAAAACAAACAAUAUAAAACAAUAAAUACUAAUAGUAAUAAAAACUAUACAGAUGAUAUGCAAUUUUUUUUACAUAUUUUUUUAAUGAGUUUAUGACUCACAAUAUAUUUAUUGUUAUUUAAUCCAGAUUUUGAUGUUUUCCUGAUACUAACAAAGCUCUUUCACUGCCUAAACUUAGAAAUUUACAAGAGUUCUAGUGUAGUCUCUGCUCUCUGGUGGUAAAAUCUUGGAUUUUUGAGAAUCCACAUCCAUUUUUACCACCCAAAUUAUUAAGAGAAGCAGUGAUGAUUUAUGUAGAGAUUAGAUUUAUGUAUGUACUGUAGAUCUGGUCAAAAUAACGCAUUCAUUUGUUUUAUGUGACUUACCCAGAGAUACAGAUUUUACUAAUUAUAUUAUAGCAUCGCCAAAGCAACAGGUGUAACACUUCAAGUUACAUUUUUUAUAAAUAUUCUUUACAUAUAGAUAACACAGCAGAUGUGAGUUAUUAAGUUAUUAAGCCUCACAUGCAUUAGGGCCACCCUGAUGGAAGAAUAUGAAAUAUUCCCUAAUAUUUUGAGGAAAAAAAUAUUGGAAGAAUGUAGUUGUGAUAUUUGAAGGAAGAAGAUGGUAUAUUUCUAGAACUAAGUUGUAACAUUUUGAAAAAAUCACAGUAUUUCAAGCAUGGAAAAAAAGUCAUUUUACAAGAAUGAAGAUAUAUAUGAAAAAGAAGUUGUAACAUUUUGAGAAAAAAAAUACAAUACGAUAUUUUAGGUGAAAAAAUCUGAAUAUUGUGAGAAUAUGGUCAGAAUAUUUUGAGAAAAAAUCUUUUAGAAAAAAAGUUGUGAUAUUAUGGAAAGAAAGUCAGAAUAUUGCACAAUUAAAGAUCAUAAUUAUAAAAUCAUUUUACAAGAAUAAAGUUGUGAUAUGUCAAGAGAAACAAUCACAAUAUUCUGAACAUGAAGUGCGAAUAUUUAAAGGAAAAAAAAGUCAUGCAUAUACAAGACUAAAGAUUUAAUAUGUCAAGGAAAAAAUUACAUUUUAUGAGAAUAAAGUUAUAAUAUUUUGAGAAAUAAUGGACAUCAAAUUUUUGUGAAAAAGUUGUUUUUAUGGAAAUAAAAGUAUAAUAUUAUAUAAAGAGUCAUGAUCCAUGAUAGUGAGGUCAUUUAGAAAAUAAUUCACAGUAUUGUGACAUUAACAUAAUUUUUUUUUUUUUUUUUCACACGUGUUUUAUGAUAAUUGUUUUUAAGAGGCUUAAUAUUAUAAGAUCUGUGGAGAUUCAAGGAGCAUCUGUUUGUAUUUAAUCCAAGAUUUGGUUUAAUAUUCAAUUUACUACUUCCCUUAUUUGAUGGUAGAACAUUAUUUAUUAAUGUCUGUAUAGAAAUUUUCUACAUAUUAAAUAAUAUUGUGACUGUUCCUUGUAAUGUUGAGGCUUAUUAGUGAAAUAUCUUGAUUUUUUCUUUAAGCCCUGAUACUCCUUUAUGUCAUAAUACAACAGUUAAUAUUCAGUUUUUUGCAAAGGAUGGAGGGUUAAAGUACUGAUGGAUGUGAAUUUGGAUGUUGAACGGGCUUUUCCCACUAAUAUUGAAACUAUUCUGUACCAUUUGAGACAUUUUAAAUUACUAUAUUACAAGUUUAGUUUUCUUCUUCUGUCAUCAGUUUAAUAAAUCUAAUGCACAGCCUGGAAUAUUUCUCAUAUUUCACAGCAAAAAGAUGAGGCAGUAUCAGAACUCUAUAAACAAAUAACUCCUUAUGCAGUCAUAUAGCUCAUCCUCCUCAGAGGAUAUAAGGCAUGUUUAGUUUUUUUUUUUUUUUUUUUUUUUUUUUUAUUAUUAUUAUUAUAUUGCAGUUUGCACUAUAAAACCUGUUAUGCAGCCACUUGUAGGAAACUAUUUACUUAAUAUUGUUAUUGCGUCAUUUAUGGGACCAAACAAACGCUGUCGUAAUGAAAGACUUUAUUAUGUAUGUGAUGAAAAUGGUAGUGUUAUAUGUCUCUGUUAGUGGAAUAAGCCUCACUAAGCCGUACAUAAGUCAGUUUUCCAUGUCCCAACCCAACACUAAUCUGUGGUUUGCAGAAAUGUACAAUGACAUUAUUUUCUGUCGGCGUCUGGGCUUUAAUUAUGUAAACGUUGUCCUUUUUUUUAGUCAAAAUGUGACUUUAUUAUGUAGUCGAUUAUCUGAAGUAGUUUGUUCUUUUCUUUUUUUUUUCAUCGUUACAUUGAUAUUUAGGAAUAUUUCUCAAACACCUGGGUAUGUAAACUCGUAUCCAUGCAGGAUGUAAAUACUUUAAAGGUUUUAUUCUCAGACAUGUUGGUGGAGAAACUGAAAUGUCCAGUGAGUGUAAACGUUACUGCACUUCAUCCACGUAUGAAGAUGUUCUGUUGAGUUAAAGACAGUAAAGGCCACAAAAUGACAAGUUCCCACAUUAAAAAAAAAGUCAUACAAAGUCUCCAUGAUUCUGAACGACCUCCCGGGCCUUUAAAUGGUGAUUCCAGUGGAAAAUGUUGCCAGUGUGUUUGUGUUUUCUCUUGUUGUGUUUAGUUGUGAACAGCCCAAACCACCUUCCAUCUGCAUCCACCGAGUGGCCACAGAGAUGGAGAAAAUAUGGGUUUUGUUUUAUAAUUAAGGCGAACGAAGCCUUUCAUUGUCUCUAAAAGACGUGCCUUAGCUUCUAAUCUCCCUCUGUGACAGAAAAAUGACACGAUGAUGUGUACAAUACGAGCUGUGAAUCAAUAGCUGCGUUCACUUGUAAAUAAAAUGUCUGAUAUAUCACUGA